GACUCAGCCAUUGAGGGAGAAGCCUCCAAACUAUUCAUUAAAACAGUCAGAUAGAGGUUGAUUCCACCUCCAGUCAUCUUUAGCUACACCUCAGUUUCGGGUUGGGGAACCACUCCAACCAUCUACUUACGAAGCCCUGGCUCUCUGCUAAAGGGAGAUUUUUCUGCAUGGAUUGCCAACUGCCUCACAUAAAAUCUGGAGUUCUAACCUAGCAGAUCCUGACUGGAUGACAACAUGUCAAAUAUUGCCUUGAGAAAAUCAUCUCCUGGAAAUGAUGCAAAGAGUACUCCUCUGAGGACUGCACUGAGACAACAAGGUUUUCACGAUGUGAACAAGCGAAGGACUUUCUUACAGGAUAGCAGCUGGAUAAAGAAGCGCCCAGAAGAAGAAAAAGAUCAAAACUAUGGCAGAGUGGUGCUAAAUCGACAUGCUUCUCAUGAGGCCUUGGACAGGAGUGAAAAUGAAAGGGACGAGAAGAAAGUCUCAAUUACUCGGUACAGAUCUGAUGAUACUUUAGACAGGAUUUCAGACAGAAAUGAUGCUGCUAAAACUUAUAAGGCCAAUACCUUGGAUAACCGACUAACUAAUAGAGGCUUGUCCACAUUCAGAACAUCAGAAGCAACAAAGCCACCACCGGGAGCUUCUUUGAAAAACAGCACCACGACAGGCACCACUGUUGCUGCUACUCCUAUCACAACUCCUGUAAAGAAAAAGAGACAAUCCUGGUUUCCACCACCACCCCCAGGGUAUAAUGCCACCCAGAAUGCAGCAGGAAACAGAAGGGAACCAACUGCUCUUCCCCUAACACUCCCAAGGCCUUAUUCUCCAGUUCCAUCACCUCCACAGGCAAGACAGGACAAUAGAAAACAAGAUCUGGAUGACAUCACCAAAGCGGAUGCUGGUAAAAAUGACAAAGGAAGUCAAGACUUGGAUAAUCUCAUCAAAAUGAACAAAAACAUGAAUAGGAACCAAGGCUUGGAUGGCAUUUUCAGAACAAAUCCUAAGGCAGAACAAACUGAUAAAAAAAACCAGGAGCUUGAUAAUCUCAUUAAAGUCAACCCCAGAAGUGACAAAAAUGGCAAAGGAAAUGAAAAUCUUGACAAUAUGAUUAAAGUGAAGGCCAGGAUUGAUGAAAGUGGCAAAGGAAACCAAAACCUUGACAAACUCAUCAAGGACAAAGAUGACAAAGGAAACCAAGGACUUGACAACCUAAUUAAAGUGAAUCACACAACAGACAGUAAUGACAAAAAAAGUCAGGACUUUGACAGCAUCAUUGAAGUGAAUGCCAAGACAGAUAAAAAUGGAAAAGGAGAUCAAGCUCUGGAUAAUCUCGUCAAAGUGAAACCCAAUCAGAAUGAAAAUAUCACUGGAAAACAAGAUAUUGAUAGUGUCAUCAAAGUGAACACUGAAAGAAACAAAAAUACCCAGAGGGGUCAGGAGCUUGACAGUUACAUCAAAGAGAAUCCCUCAGCAAACAGAAAUAUUCCAGGGGGCUCAAACCUGGACAAUCUAAUCAAAGUGAAUCCUGCAACCCACAGUAGUAUCCAGGGAUCCCAAGAUCUUGAUAAUCUCAUCAAAGUAAAUCCAAGAACAGGAAAAGGUGAUCAGGGAAACCAAGACUUGGAUAAUCUCAUCAAAGUGAACCAAACAGCAAACAAACCUCCUCCAGGGGGAAAAGAUCUUGUUGAGUUCAUCAGUGUGAACCCCAAAGCUGUCAGAAGUACCACAGGAAACCAAGAUCUUGACGAUUUCAUCAAAGUUAAUCCUGAAACCCUCAAAAAUAAUCAGAGAAACCAAGAUGAUCUUGAUAAAUUCAUCAAAGUGACUCCUGAAUUUCUCAGAAAUAAUCAGAGGAGCCAAGACCUGGAUAGAUUCGUUAAAGUGAAUCCAACAACUUUCAGAAACAGCAAGAGAGACCAGGACCUUGACAAUCACACUGAAGUAAAUUCUAAUGGAUAUAACAAAAAGACCCAAGGGCUAGAGGAACAUAGCAAUUCAUCUACCAAUGCCAGAAACAACCAGUCCAGCAUAAACACAGCCUAUUCUCAUGAAACCAGGACAUCUUCCAGCUAUAAUACUCGAACCAAGUACUCAAGUCCAAAGGACAGUGUUGUGUACACAAGGACAUAUGUGGAGAAUAGCAAAUACCCAAAGGACGGCUAUGAAGAAAGUGUCACUGGAAAAUAUAUACAAACAGUUUAUUCAACCUCUGAUAGGUCUGUCAUUGAAAAGGAUAUGUGUACCUAUUGCCGAAAGCCCCUGGGCUCAAAGACCAAAAUGAUCUUGGAUGAGUUACAGAUUUGCUGUCAUUCAACUUGCUUCAAAUGUGAAAUUUGCAAAAAGCCUUUGGAAAACCUGGAAGCUGGUGAUAGCAUUUGGAUCUAUAAACAUACUGUACACUGUGAGCCUUGCUACUCCAAGGUUGUAGCCAAGUGGAUUCUGUGAUUCUGACAUGUGGAAACCAAGAUGAAUGCCAUUUAUUGAGAACAUUUAGUUCUUUAAGGAAAGUUUUUUGGUUAACAAUAGUUUUAAGCUUUCUUACUGAAGAUUAAAAGAAUCUUGUGCAAAAUGCUAAUUCUGCUAUGAAUCAAAUAGUCAAUGCAUAUGAUAAUGUUAGUUACAGGAAGGGAACAAUUCCAUUUUACAUGGAUUUAGAGAUCAAAAAUUGAACUAGUCAGCAUCAUUUUCCCCAGCCUUGCCCAAAAUGACCAGUGCAACAGCGAUGAUGCCUCUGAUGGCAAUGAGUGUUGACAGAGUUAAGGAGGGCACUUCCCUUUCAGGCUGAGUCAAAGUUUUUAUUUUAAUAUUUUUUGUGGGGGCCUAUUGCUUUGUUUUUAAUUUGCCCAUCUUUAUUUUCUCAGCCCUUCAGUGAAUGUGUCAUCCUCUUUGUAUCAUUGAUGUGAAUUAAAGGACAUUUUAAUAAGUAUCCCAUGAAAGGAAGACAUCUGCCUAGCCCAUGUCCAGAUGACAUCUACAACAAAGAUUCUUGAUGGCUAAUUUUUGACAAUAACAUGGCGGCAAGGUUUAAAAUAGAGGGCAAUUUUUUACUUUAAAGUUAAGAAGGACCUAUGAUUUUGUAUUUAUCAAAAAUCUAAAGAAACAUUAUCUUGGUAGCCUAUUUUAUCAAGGAUAUUAUUUUUAUAGGCUGUUUUAAGAACCAAAGGGAAUAGAUUUGUGGGUGAGUGAUAAAAUCAUACUAUAUGUAUACUAUAUAGGUAGUACUUUUGUUAUAUUUUUCUUUGCAUGCUUUUCAAAAUCUAGUUAAGCAGGCAUUCAAUGACAAUGGUUUUGGAUUAUCAGAACACUUUCUUUGGUGUAGCACUUAUAUUCAUAUUGCACAGCACUUUGUAUCUGCAAAUGGAUUAUAAAAAUAAAUUGAAAUGCCUGUUAACAAUAAAUCUUUUUUUUUUGA